UAAACUGUAGCAAUUUUGUUCCCAUGGAAGAAGUACAGCGGCACUCGGUGCACACGUUAGUGUUCCGUUCGCUUAAGCGUACCCAUGAUUUUUUCGUCGCCAACCAAUCGAUGCUGCCGGAGGUUGACGAAGAUCUUGAGAAGCUAAAGUACAAGAUCAAAGCCCACGAUACGUAUGGAUUGGUAUUCGAUCGUGCGGCCAAAGCUAAGGCAUUGGCAGCCAAAAGGAACGACGGCGAAAGGAGCGAUGGAGCUGCUGCGGCGAAGGAUGCUGUGCUUGCUAUAACCGCCGGAGACCAGGACAGAGGUACUGCGGAAGGAGUUGGCAGCCAGAUGGCCCUGGUGCCUGCCGCAGCACCGAUACCGCAGAGCACUUCGAGUGCGGUUCAAAUACUGCCGAAAAAGGCACCGACCAUACCGAAACCAAAGUGGCACGCACCAUGGAAACUUUGUCGCGUCAUUUCCGGCCAUCUUGGAUGGGUUCGUUGUGUAGCAGUGGAGCCGGGCAAUGAAUGGUUUGCUACGGGAGCGGCAGAUCGAGUGAUUAAAAUUUGGGACUUGGCCAGUGGAAAGCUUAAACUAUCCCUUACCGGGCAUGUUAGCACCGUUCGGGGACUCGCAGUCAGUCCGCGCCAUCCGUACCUCUUCAGCUGUGGCGAAGACCGCCAGGUAAAAUGCUGGGACCUGGAGUACAACAAAGUCAUCCGGCACUAUCACGGGCAUCUGUCGGCCGUCUACACGAUGUCGUUACAUCCGACGAUCGAUGUGCUAGUCACUGCCGGGCGGGACUCUACUGCACGCGUGUGGGAUAUGCGCACAAAGGCCAACAUUCACACACUGGCGGGCCACACGAACACGGUCGCGAGCGUUGUGACGCAGGCGGCCAACCCGCAGAUCAUUACCGGUAGCCACGAUUCAACCGUGCGGUUGUGGGAUCUUGCUUCCGGUAAAAGCAUGUGCACGCUCACGAACCACAAAAAGAGUGUCCGUGCGAUCGUGUUGCACCCGUCGUUGUACAUGUUCGCAUCGGCCUCGCCCGACAACAUCAAGCAGUGGCGCUGCCCGGAGGGCAAUUUCAUUCAGAAUCUCGGUGGUCACAACUCCAUCGUGAACUGCAUGGCCGUCAACCCGGAGGGUGUCUUGGUGUCUGGAGGUGACAAUGGCACAAUGUUCUUCUGGGACUGGCGUACGGGGUACAACUUUCAGCGAUUCCAGGCCGCCGUCCAACCGGGGUCGAUGGACAGCGAGGCGGGCAUUUUUUCAAUGAUUUUCGACCAAUCCGGAUCACGGUUGAUUACAACCGAGGCCGAUAAGACGAUCAAGAUCUACAAGGAGGACGACGAAGCAACGGAAGAAUCCCAUCCGAUUAACUGGCGGCCCGAAAUCAUCAAACGCAGAAACUAUUAA